GGCGGCGGCGGCGGCGGCGGCGCGCUAUGGAGCACGUGACGGAGGGGUCCUGGGAGUCGCUGCCGGUGCCGCUGCACCCGCAGGUGCUGGGUGUGCUGCGGGAGCUGGGGUUCCCGUACAUGACGCCGGUGCAGUCCGCAACCAUCCCCCUGUUCCUGAAGAACAAGGACGUCGCUGCGGAAGCGGUCACCGGCAGCGGGAAGACGCUCGCCUUCGUCAUCCCCAUCUUGGAGAUUCUCCUGAGGAGGGAGGAGAGGCUGAAAAAGUGGCAGGUUGGAGCCAUAGUCAUCACGCCCACUCGGGAGCUGGCCAUCCAGAUAGAUGAGGUGCUGUCGCAUUUCACGAAGCCCUUCCCGCAGUUCAGCCAGAUUCUCUUGAUCGGAGGCAGAAACCCCGCAGAAGACGUCGCGAGGUUCCGGGAGCACGGCGGGAACAUCGUGGUGGCGACGCCAGGCCGCUUGGAGGACAUGUUCCGGAGGCAGGCCGAGGGCGUGGACCUGGCCAGCGGUGUGCGGUCCCUUGAGGUCCUGGUGCUGGACGAAGCAGACAGGCUUCUGGACAUGGGGUUCGAGGCCAGCAUAAACACCGUUCUGGGGUUCCUGCCCAAGCAGCGGCGCACGGGCCUAUUCUCCGCCACGCAGACGCAGGAGGUGGAGAGCUUGGUGCGGGCCGGCCUCCGCAACCCUGUGCGCAUCGCCGUGAAGGAGAAGGGCGCCGCCGCCAGCAGCUCCCAGAAGACCCCCUCCCGCCUGCAGAACCACUACAUGGUAUGUAAGGCAGAUGAGAAGUUCAACCAACUGGUACAUUUUCUUCGCCGUCAUAAGCAGGAAAAGCACCUGGUCUUCUUCAGCACCUGCGCCUGCGUGGAGUACUACGGGAAGGCCCUGGAGGUUCUGGUGAAGGGCGUGGACAUCAUGUGCAUUCACGGGAAGAUGAAGCACAAGCGCAACAAGAUCUUCGCGGGCUUCCGCAAGCUGCAGAGCGGGAUCUUGGUGUGCACUGACGUGAUGGCCCGAGGAAUAGACAUCCCCGAAGUGAACUGGGUUCUGCAGUACGACCCUCCCGGCAGCGCCAGUGCCUUCGUGCACCGCUGUGGCCGCACGGCGCGCAUCGGCCACAGCGGCAGCGCCCUGGUGUUUCUCCUUCCCAUGGAAGAGUCGUACGUCAACUUCCUUGCGAUCAACCAAAAAUGCCCCCUGCAGGAGAUGGCGCUGCAGAAGGACGCGGCGGACCUCCUGCCCAGGCUCAGGUCCCUGGCCCUGGCCGACAGGGCCGUGUUUGAGAAGGGCAUGAGAGCCUUUGUGUCCCACGUCCAGGCCUACGCAAAGCACGAGUGCAGCCUCAUCUUCAGGCUGAAGGAUCUGGAUUUUGCUGCUCUUGCCCGAGGCUUCGCUCUGCUGAGGAUGCCCCGGAUGCCGGAGCUGAGAGGAAAGCAGUUCCCCGACUUCGUGCCUGUGGACAUCGACACAGACACCAUCCCGUUUAAAGACAAGGUCAGAGAAAAGCUCAGGCAGAAACUACUGGAGCAACAGAGAAAAGGGAAACCAGAAAAUGGAGGGAGGAGAAAAUUCAUGAAAAAUAAAGCGUGGUCGAAGCAGAAGGCCAAGAAGGAAAAGAAAAGGAAUGCAAAAAGGAAAAGGGAAAAGGGUUCUGACAUCGAAGACGAGGACGUGGAGGAGCUUCUCAAUGACACAAGGCUCCUGAAGAAGUUUAAAAAAGGCAAAAUCACGGAGGAAGAAUUCGAUAAGGGGCUGUUGACAAGCGCCAAAAGGCCGCUGAAGACGGCAGCCUUGGGGAGCUUGGGUGUGGAGGAGGACUGCUGAGUCUGCGGCCUCGGAGGGUUGCGGCAGCGCCCGCCCCCGCGGCAGGCCGUGAGCGCGGUGCCCUCCCUGGACCGCGGUGCCGGCCGCCCCGCAGGGAGCCUCGUGUCACUGGGCACCGUCUGACGGGGGAGGCGGGGCUUCACCUCGUCAGUGUUUCCCUAAAGCCACGCCAGCCUUGAAGCCCAGCAGGAGGUAAAAUUAUUUGAGUGUAAAUAUUAGACAUCAAUGUUUAUUUUGAUGGGGCAGCUCUAAAGAGCCCACUUUCCUGGGCCCAUGUUGUCCCUAUUUCUAACGCAGACAAGGAGGCACACUUAGUUCUGGGCACUGGGCGUCCCUGGGAGAGGGUUGCUAGGGUCCCCUUCUUCCCUUGGAAUGGCCCCCAGCGCCCCCGCCCUGAGGAGCGUGUGGAAACCUGGGGGGGGCGAGUCAUGUUCUGGGACGGAGAACUGUGAGGCCUUCUGUGGAAUGAAGCACGUCUCCUGCCACUCAAGUCUGUUGUGAGCCUGCGCCGCGCCUGCCGGGCCCCCACCAGGGAGGCCCGGGGUCCGCCCCGGCCCCAACGCAAAGCUGUGUCAUA